AUGUCUAUCGAAGUCGACUGGGCGACAGCCACUUCCGGCCCGGAUGGGGAAGCUCUCGCGGAGCGCAUCCGCGCAUUUGUCCACGAUAAGUUCCAGGAGGUGGCCCUACCACGCUUCAUUCGCUCGGUUCAGGUGCAUUCUUUUGACUUCGGCAACAUUGGACCCGAUCUCGAGAUCAAGGAUUUCUGCGAACCUUUCUCAGACUUUUACGAGGAGGACGAUGAUGACACCUCAGCGACAUCUGAGGAGCUUGUCGAACAAUGGUCGGACUACGAUGACGAAAUGCCAAUGAACCAUGCAGCUGCCCACAGCCCUCACAGCUUCAGUCACCACCCAUACCCCGGCGAACAAUUCCAACCAUCCGCGCUUCGUUCCCCGCUGCCCCUGGGUGAUCACCUUAACCCGCACUUCCUGCCCCGCUCAGGAACCCCCGGCAUUCCCGGCGGCACUUCAACAUUGGGCUACCACCUUAUGUCGCUAGGUGGCCUAUCCGGAACACAAACCCCUCUCGCAGCUGUCGCGGGCGGCACACAAUUCGCAAGCGGCUGGUCCGACUCCGGCUUAGGAGUUCAUGGAGGAAGACAAGCACGCCCGUCACGUCCAUCCGUACACCAGCGCCCAGAACCAGAUCUCGACACUACACAUUCUGCCUCCCGGCCCUCCACAGCUUCACACCCAUCUAUUGGGCACACAGGCAGUAGUGGAUCGAAUCGCAACAGCGCCGAUAACCCCGCCGAUAUCCCUGAAGCGAUUGCAGACGACCCCUCGAUCCCGAUCCCACCUCGCAUGCGCGAGCGACGACCAGAUGACUUCCAAAUCCUAUGCCAUGCGAAAUACGCUGGAGAUGUGCGUAUGUCGCUGACAGCGGAGAUUCUGCUUGAUUACCCCAUGCCUAGCUUCGUUGGGCUUCCGCUAAAACUCAAUGUGACUGGUAUCACGUUCGACGGGGUGGCGGUAGUCGCGUAUAUUCGCAAGCGCGUGCACUUCUGUUUCCUGUCUGCCGAGGAUGCGGAUGCGCUCCUUGGUUCUGAAAAUGGCCAAGGUACUCAAAAUCCCGGUGAGGAAGGACGGUCGAAGUCGGGUGCGGAGCGUGAACAGAAGCGUCAAGGUGGAUUGUUGCAGGAGAUUCGAGUAGAAAGUGAGAUCGGACGCAAGGAGGAUGGAAAGCAGGUACUGAAGAAUGUGGGUAAAGUAGAGAGAUUUGUACUUGCGCAAGUUCGCCGCAUUUUCGAGGAGGAGUUGGUUUACCCCAGCUUCUGGACUUUCUUGAUCUGA